GAAACUUUUUAGGUUCAUCUUUUUGCAUUUUUUUCACCAAAAAAGGAAACUGAAGUGCUGACGGACGUUUCUGUUUUCUUUCUCAAAGCAUUCAGCGGAGACAUUCAAAAGUCAACUGUAACAAAGUGUCUCGGUGCCCUUAGUUCAGCGAACCACAUUAUUUGCUUCUGCUGCCUCUCGUUCAACUUUAUUAGAUUGACAACGCAGUCGCGAAUCUCAGCGCUUUGUAACGCGUUAACUGAAAAGUUAUAUUGAAGAACACCAUCGCGGUACAGCAUCGGAAAUAGAAGAUGCCGGUGGAGUACUUGAGUGCUGUCGAGCGCACUCGGUUGAUGGAUGCAUUGUUCGAAAAUAACAUCUUGUUUGGGGCGCUUUCCCAGAAGUUCAAGGAAACGUUUCAACCACCUCGCUACACAGCAGCCGCUUACGAAAUUGGCCAAAUAUGCAAGGAGCUGGUCGCUUCUUCAGAAGGGGCAAGUCUGAUCAAUGCCUUGUUUGUAGUUGACUGCAUGCGUAAGCAGGACAACAUUGCCGCAAAAUCGACGUUUUACGACAUUUUGAUCGAGUUAGAACACGCAAUUCGACGCGAUAUGUUUGUCGUGGAGCAGAUUAAAUACAGCGCAAAGGAGUCGAAGGAGAGCAAGAAGAGUCUGGAGGCCACUAGGGCCGAGAUCUUCCGCAUUCACUGCGCCGCGAAGGUUUUUGCUUUCCAGCUAUUAGGCGACGCUGUGACGGACGAUGAGAAGUCGGUUUCCUACGUCUCGAAAAGGCAAGAUGCGAUCGAUGAAGCGCUCAAUGCGUGGGAGAGAGCCAGCGUUAAGAUCAAGGAGCCGAUGGCGGACAUGGAGCACUGCUGGGUAGCAGAACAUGAGAAGCAGCAGUGCGGCUGCAUUUACGAAACGGCAGCCGUCUUUGAUGACCAACCAAACAGGAGGUCAGCGUUGCUUCUGCCUCGCAUGACGGCGAAGCUGCCCGUGUUGCCCGUGCAAGAGGGAGAGUUGCAAUACUUGCUUCCCGGCAAUUCGGCGAUGCUCCUCUUUGAUAACACCGUGCCGAGUGAAAACUGGACUCGCGCAAAACGGCUGCUUGUGGAAGCGCGCAAAACAAAGCUCUCUAAGGAAGACGAGCAGACGCUCCUCGGAGUUCUGAAUGAGUCCAUGGUUUCCCGUUUGGGUGUCUCGCCGCAGCUGUUGAGUGAGUUAGGCGCACACAACCCCGAGGUGUGUGCGUCCAUUUUACUGAAAGUGCCUUCUCAUUCCGCCGGUGCCUUUGUCCAAUUCUUACUAAAGGCCAGCCUUCCUGACGACAACAUGCAAACGAUUUUACUGCACGCCUCUUCCGUCCUCCAGCAAAUAAAUAUUCGAACUUUCGUCUCCAUUAUGCUGCACAAACUGAAAGACAGAUCGAGUGCCGCGUCGGCUGAUGCACUGAAAAACUUUGCACUCACACUCCAACAGUUGGUAGGCCGCGCCGCAAAGGAGAACAAAGAGAUCUUCAUUGCGGACGGCCUGCAAUCUGAGCUGGAUCAACUGUUCCAGGCGACCAACCAGCAAGAGAUAAAGAGCCGCUGGGAGGAGAUGAGGCGCCAGUAA